GAAACCCACCCAAACCCCCCACCCCUGUUGCCAGUAAACACCCAUUUAUCAUAUCAGUGUCUUCUUCUGCACAACACAAACCUCACACACUCUCUCUCCUCUUUGAAGCUUCUUCUUCUUCACUCUUUUACCUCUUCAAAACAAUUUUAAGGGAUAUUUUUCAUAAUAUUAUUAUUAGUGCAAGAAGUGGCUAAAGAUCAAGAACACAAGAAUGAGUGUUUCAAAGUUCAUAAAAUGUGUAACUGUUGGUGAUGGUGCUGUUGGAAAGACUUGUAUGCUCAUUUGUUAUACCAGCAACAAGUUUCCUACUGAUUAUAUACCUACAGUUUUUGACAAUUUCAGUGCUAAUGUGGCUGUGGAUGGAAACAUUGUUAACUUGGGAUUAUGGGAUACUGCUGGUCAGGAAGAUUAUAGCAGAUUAAGACCACUAAGCUACAGAGGUGCAGACAUAUUUGUGUUAGCUUUCUCUUUAAUCAGUAGGGCAAGCUAUGAAAAUGUUUUAAAAAAGUGGAUGCCUGAACUUCGACGAUUUGCACCAAAUGUUCCGGUAGUACUUGUUGGGACAAAACUAGAUCUUCGUGACGACAAGGGAUAUUUAGCCGAUCAUAUGGGUUCUAAUGUUAUCACAUCCGCCCAGGGUGAGGAACUGAGGAAACAAAUUGGUGCAGCUGCUUAUAUUGAAUGCAGCUCAAAAACUCAACAGAAUGUGAAAGCGGUUUUUGAUACGGCCAUUAAGGUUGUUCUUCAACCUCCAAGGCGGAAGGAAGUUAUGAGACAGACAAGGCGUAAAAGCUCCGGUUGCUCAAUCAUAGGCAUUAUGUGUGGCGGUUGGGCUGCUUAAUGGUUUCGGCGCGUAGGAGCUUUUGAAGUUGGUUUGUCAAUUUUCUGGUUGCCAGUUUUAUUUUCAAGGAUUUGUGUGUGAAUGUUGUUAGCUGAAGUUGAUAAUAGUUUGAUGAUUUGGUGUUUUUGCUUCUGGCUGGUUGGUUUGAGUUGUGUAUGAAUGUAUGUAAAACCGUGGUGGUGUAUGUUUCUGAUGGUGGUGUAUUGCGGGCCUGAGCGUCACCUGCCGCUGCCGCCACAAAUGAUCACCAUUGUUGACCAAAGAUUUUGCCAA